AUGUAUGAGAAAAAUGGCUACUAACUAUAGUUUUGGGCUAUGUUUUCUCCUAAUCCUUUUUGUUUCAUUUUCGGGUUCUGAAUCUCGCCCCAUUUUUCCAUUUCCAACGAGGAAUCAGGCGUUAUUCUCCGAGGGGCAACAUCACAGUUCCAAGGAAAUUUCAGGCGGGGUGACCAAAAUGCAUUCUUCGAUGGAGGUAGCUGAAUUAGUGUUGAAAGAAAGCAUGAAGAGACAGGAAGGAAAGCCUUUUGAGGAGUUCACAAGAACGACUCCAGGAGGACCUGAUCGCAAGCGUCUUUGAUUUAUCAUCUGCUAAAUCCUAUGCCUAAAAUAAAACUCAUCUAUAAAAUUGGAUCUGCAUUUGAGUUGGGGCGGGCGAUAUUCCCCAAAUAAUAAGCAAACUUUAGUUUGCAGGUAUGCAUAGGACUAGUCGAGUCUGGAUACUAUAUAUAUGUAGUGUUGAUGGGUGACAUGUAUGUAAUGUGGAUGAGUUGUUUUACAACUUCUCUGAUAUUUGAAAGCUUUUGUUGCAAUAAAAGUGUAUUAUCCUU